CGCUGGGAAACGGAACCACUGGAAAGAUGUAAACCAAGUCACCAGCGAAGACCAGCCUACGAGAAGACACCAAACGUUCCUCCAGGGACAGCGUACCUUUGGGCCGGGUAACGGAACCACACUAACGGCUAGCUCUCUGGGUCUCUGUCCCCGAAGCAGCGGAGCUACUGCCUCCAGCAGCCAUCUUUUGUGAGAGAAUGUACGGGGCGACACGGCGGGCCUGCUCGGGCUCUGGCCGGGGCCGGAGCCUCUUGAUGCUGACAACCGCGCUGCUGCUCUCGGUUAUCGGGCUGCUGUCCGGGCUGCCCGGCUUCACCGAGGCGAAGGAGUGCGACAAACCGUGUAUGAACGGGCAAUGCAACCCCGCUACUGGCAACUGUGUGUGCUUUCCCGGCUGGGUUGGGGACCAAUGCCAGCACUGCGGAGGGCGAUUCAGGUUGACGGGGCCCUCUGGUUUUCUGACUGAUGGUCCAGGAAACUACAAGUACAAGACAAAGUGCACCUGGCUGAUCGAGGGACAGCCAAACACAAUACUCCGAUUACGGUUCAACCACUUUGCCACUGAGUGCAGCUGGGACCAUCUUUAUGUGUACGACGGAGACUCCAUCUACGCCCCGCUGCUUGCUGCUUUUAGUGGUUUGAUUGUUCCAGAGCGCUAUGGGAAUGAGACGGUUCCUGAGGUGGUGUCUCAGUCCGGCUACGCCCUGCUGCACUUUUUCAGUGAUGCUGCAUACAACCUGACUGGUUUCAACAUCUCCUACAGAGUGAAUACAUGUCCCAACAACUGCUCCGGCCGUGGCGAGUGUCGUGUGAGGAACACCACCGGUGCCGUGUACUGCGAGUGUGAAGCCAACUGGAAAGGGGAAGCCUGCGAUGUCCCCUCCUGCCUGGGUAACUGCGGCUUCCCUGAAAGAGGUCGCUGUCAGGGCAAGACCUGCGUCUGCAAGACUGGAUGGCAAGGUCCAGACUGCUCUGUCUCAGUGCCUGCCAAUUCCUCCUUCUGGACACGGGAGGAGUACACGGAGGCCGGGCUGGCCAGGGCUUCCCACAAGGCCGUGGUGGACCAGGGCAUCAUGUGGGUCAUCGGAGGCUACGUCUUCAACUCCUCCGACUAUCACAUGGUCAAAGCGUAUAACCUCAGCAGGAAAAGCUGGCUGACCUUGGACCCUUCUGUCAACACAGUCACACCACGAUACGGCCACUCGCUUGCACUACAUGAGGGGAAGAUUUACAUGUACGGAGGAAAGAUUGACUCCACAGGGAACGUGUCCAGCCAGCUUUGGGUUUUCCACAUCCAGAACCAGACGUGGGUCCUCCUGAGCCCCCGAUCCAAGGACCAGUAUGCCGUGGUGGGUCAUUCAGCCCACAUUGUUCCUCCCCUCCAGGAGGGGGACAGUCCCGUCAUGUUGGUCCUGUUUGGACACUGUCCUCUGUAUGGCUACAUCAGCCUGGUGCAGGAGUACAACAUUGUUAAAAACUCAUGGAGCCUGGUGAGCACGGAGGGUGCACUAGUCCAGGGCGGCUACGGCCACAGUAGCGUGUUCGACCCCGGCACCAGAGCCAUCUACAUCCACGGAGGCUACAAGGCCUUCAGCGCCAACAAGUAUGGCCUGGCUGGAGACCUGUACAAGUUCGACGUGGACAAGAGGAAAUGGACCAUUUUAAGAGACAGCGGCUUCUUCCGGUACCUCCACACCGCGGAGAUCGUGAGCGGGAUGAUGCUGGUGUUCGGGGGAAACACGCACAACGACACAUCCAUGAGCCACGGCGCCAAAUGCUUCUCCUCCGACUUCCUGGCCUACAGUCUAGCGUGUGAUGAGUGGACCGUGCUGCCUCGACCGGACCUCUACCAUGACGUCAAUCGCUUCGGGCACUCGACGGUCUUCAGUGACAGUGUGAUGUACGUGUUUGGCGGCUUCAACAGCAUGCUGCUCAGUGACGUCCUCAUGUAUAACUCGCCCAGCUGCUCGGCCUUCUCCAGCCCGGCAUCCUGCAGCCAGGCCUGGCCGGGGAUCCACUGCGUCUGGAACAGCACCCAGGGGUCCUGCCUGCCCUGGGAGAGCAACGCAAACGGGACUGAACAGCAGAUACCGGCGUCCUGUAACACACGAUCAUAUGCCGAUAACGAGAGGUGCGACCAGUACACAGACUGCUAUAGCUGCACAGCGAACACCAACGGCUGCCAGUGGUGCACGGGCCAGUGUGUCUCUCUGGGAAGCAACUGCACGUCUGCCACGGGAGCCAUAGGGGAGUAUGAGGCAUGCCCCAAGGACAACCCAUCAUACGUGUGCAACAAGAAAACCAGCUGCAAGAGCUGCGCGGUGGACCAGAACUGUCAGUGGGAACCCAGAAACCAGGAGUGCAUCUCACUGCCAGAAAACGUGUGCGGUGAAAGCUGGCAUCUGGUCGGUAACUCCUGCCUGAAGUUCAUCACAGCAAAAGACUCAUAUGACAACGCCAAGCUGGCCUGCAGGAGCCACAACGCCGUCCUGGCCUCACUGACCACGCAGAAGAAGGUCGACUUUGUCCUGAAGGAGCUGCAGAUUAUGAGCGUCGUGUACAAGGCCACAGUGACACCCUGGGUUGGACUUAGGAAGAUCAACGUGUCGUACUGGUGCUGGGAGGACAUGUCGCCCUUCACCAACACCACCCUGCAGUGGCUGCCUGGCGAGCCAAGCGACGCCGGAUUCUGCGGAUACCUGGCCGAGCCUGCGUCCAGCGGACUGAAAGCACAAACCUGCAUCAACCCAGUGAACGGCAGCCUCUGUGAACGACCAGCCAACCACAGCGCCAAGCAGUGCCGGACGCCGUGCGCCAUGAGAGCCACUUGCAGCGAGUGCACCAGCAGCAGCUCCGAGUGCAUGUGGUGCAGCAACAUGAAGCAGUGCGUCGACUCCAACGCCUACGUGGCGUCCUUCCCCUUCGGACAGUGUAUGGAGUGGUACACCAUGAACAUUUGUCCACCGGAGAACUGCUCCGGUUACAGAACAUGCGGCACGUGUCUGGACCAGCCGGGCUGCGGCUGGUGCACUGACCCCAGCAACACGGGCAAAGGUCAGUGCAUCGAGGGCUCGUAUCGGGGGCCCUUCCAGACCUCGGUCCCGGCCCCGUCCACCCUCCCUGGCCUGCCAGCGAGCCCCCAGCCUGCCCUCAACGCCAGCAUGUGCCCCGGAGAGGCCAAAUAUAACUGGUCAUUUAUCCACUGUCCAGCGUGUCAGUGUAACGGUCACAGCCAGUGUGUCAACGAGAGCGUAUGUGAGAAGUGCGAGGACCUGACGACGGGCCGGCACUGCGAGAGCUGCAUCUCUGGCUUCUACGGAGAUCCGACCAACGGGGGCAGCUGCCAGCCCUGCAAGUGUAACGGCCACGCAAGCAUGUGCAACCCCAACAACGGAAAGUGUUUCUGCACCACCAAGGGCAUCAAAGGAGAUCGCUGCCACCUGUGCGAAGUGGAGAACCGCUACCAAGGCAACCCCCUCAAAGGAACAUGCUACUACACGCUCCUCAUCGACUACCAGUUCACCUUCAGUCUGUCGCAGGAGGACGACCGCUACUACACCGCCAUCAACUUCGUGGCCACACCUGAGGAGCCAAACCGGGAUCUAGACAUGUUCAUAAAUGCCUCGAAGAACUUCAACCUGAACAUAACCUGGGCUACGAGCUUCACAGCGGGCACACAGACCGGGGAGGAGAUUCCCAUCGUCUCUCGGAGCAACAUCAAGGAGUUCAAAGACAGCUUCUCCAACGAGAACUUUGACUUCCGCAACAGCCCGAACAUCACAUUCUUCGUCUACGUCAGCAACUUCACAUGGCCCAUAAAGAUUCAAAUUGCCUUCUCGCAGCACAGUAACUUCAUGGAUCUGGUGCAGUUCUUCGUCACGUUCUUCAGCUGCUUCCUGUCUCUGCUCCUGGUGGCCGCCGUGGUUUGGAAGAUCAAACAGAGCUGCUGGGCGUCACGGCGACGAGAGCAACUACUGAGGGAGAUGCAGCAGAUGGCAAGCCGGCCUUUCGCCACCAUCAACGUCGCCUUGGAGACGGAUGAAGAGCCACCUGACCUGAUCGGCGGAAACGUCAAGUCUGUCCCAAAGCCCAUCGCCCUCGAGCCCUGCUUUGGCAACAAAGCGGCCGUACUCUCCAUCUUUGUGCGGCUACCCAGGGGCACCGGCGGCAUCCCUCCUCCAGGACAGUCUGGUCUGGCGGUGGCCAGCGCGCUGGUGGACGUCUCUCAGCAGAUGUGCGUGGGCUACAAAGAGAAGUCCGGAGGUCUGAGGAACCGCAAACAGCAGCCCACCGCACAGCCAUCCACCUGUAUCUGACCACAUCCGCUCAAUGUCCUCCUCUACCAUCAACACCCAACGCUCUCCCAUCAGCCCCCCGCCUUGGCCCCCUCCCUCAGAGACUUCCGCCAGCUCCGCUCUGGCAGGGGGGGAGGUGCAUGCUGGGACGAGAACAUUUCAGAGAGGGGCCGAGUCGUUCUGCAGACUGGAGCCUUGGGGGAGCUUCCCCUCCCUCUCCUCCUAUGGGAAGCUGUGGGUCCCUAAGAAACUGAUGGACAGAUACUGGACAAAAAGAGGGGGAGCAGAGGAGGGAGGGAGGGAGGGACAGAGCGGGUGCUGACUUCACCCUUCCCCCUCGAAAGAAAACAUUUUACAUUUGUCGACACCGCCUCGUUAGAGUCGAGGCGGCCACGGCUUGCUGCUAGAAGAGAUCCUUGUCUCGUAGUUUUUGAGAAAUCCUGAGACUUUGCAACCCCGAUAUAUUCUCAUUUCACUUAAGUUAUUGUUCUUUGUUUUUUAUUGUUUUAUUUUGAAGGCAAGAACAAACUGGACAUGUUCAGCUGCAAAUUUACACACAAAACACUCACAUAACACUUCCAAAAACUCAACUUUCCAGGCUCUUGUACCUAUUUGUCGCCCGUUGUCACCUGCUGUCAUGUUCACAGCUCUGCACUGAGGGCGGGUGUCAGAGGAGUCCUGUACAGUUUGGCCUCCGAGCAAGCUAACAGCAUGUUCAGUCUUCCUUUAAUGAGGAUCCACUGUAGGAGGCCGGCCAGGCAGCCAGCGCCCAUCCUAAGAGUCUGUGACAUUUCUAAUCGUGUCUUGUGCCGCUGUCUUCUCCGUGGCCCGUCUCAAGCUUUGUCUCUCUCUCUCUCUUUCUGUGGCUGCCAAGCUAGCUAGGCUGCGUGUUUGAGUACAAAACAAGACCACAGGAAAAGAUCCUACUUGGCUGGCUGUGGCAUAAGCCAGCGAUGAUUGAAUCUUUUCCAGAUAAUUACUCCUCCCAUAGCUCUGCACUUACAGGUGCUCACUCAUCAAUGGGCUUCUCACACAUGUUGGAAAACCCUCUGGUGUAUGAUCGUCCCUUUGGCAGCUCUGCUCCCAUUCCGUCAUGUGAAACAGGCUCCCUAGAGAUCGUCUGGCUCUGAUUGGCUGAUGUGAUCAGACUGAUCUGUGUAGGGGGCAACAGUUUAGAUUGUUGUCUGAAGAAUCUAUAGCAUCUAAUUGUAGCUCCCUGCUCCUGAAUGCAUCGCCUCUGCUACCCUUUUCAGCGGCAGGAGCCCUCUUGCUCUCCUCCUGCUGUUCGAUUGGCUGUCGUUCCACGCCCCUGAGUUAUCUACGGCAGCCUAGUCAGUCCAUAAAACAGUGUAGUUUGUGAUCAUAUUGAUGCAGCUGCUUGAAAUAACAUCUCACUUUUACCAGACUAAAUAAGCACAGACUUACCUAACCAGAGCGAGCAGCAAUAAUGCAUGAGAAUAUUCUUAUUUGAAUUAUUUAAAUGGGCUUUUUUUAUUUGGCAGCAUAUUCAAAUUCUUGGGUUAAAGCAAGAAAAUAACCACUCUGUCAUCUAAAAAUGCCUCUUUACGUCUAGAGAUAUCUGUCUUUGCUUUUCCUGCUUUUUCUAUGGUAUUUAUCAUUAUUGUUCAGCUGUUUUAAAGGAAAAAUGCUUCUUUUAAAAAUAAGGAAAAAUCCACAAGUCUUUUGAAUCAUCUUGUAAACAUCUAAGGUUCUUUCUGAGAGCUCUAAAGUGCAAAAGACUUUAAUUUUGAAUCACUGCAUCUCUUUAUUAACCAGGAAAAUCAGAGGAAAUAGGCAGAAAACGGCAGGUUUCAGAAUUUCAGCAGCACCAGGCUAAUAUACAUUUGAAAGGUGUGCAGUUUCGGUGCACUAACAUUCUUACAAGUGUGUCUUUUAAUUGAAUUGGCACAAAAAAGUUGGUUAAAACAGGAACAUUCAUCCCUUUUUCUCCUUUCCUCUUUGGCAUGCUACAUUUCACUCUCAUUUCACAUUUCACUCUCUUUGCAUAAGGCAGCUCUCAGAGGAUCCCUUCCCAUUUCUGCUUUUCUUCUUCCUCUGCAGCCUCUACCUAAAAUUUCUGGUCUGUUCUAAAGAAAAAAAUAACUUUAUUUUAUUAACCUGGGGUUACAAGAUACCAAAAAUGACAAGAACAGGCUAGAAAACAGAAGGAAUGUAAGCAGCAACAGUGCACAAAUGUGAGGUAAAUGUCCUGUAAUGCAUAUUGUACAAUUCUUUUUAAAAAAAAUCAAAAGGAUCUGUCUGCAGACCUUUAUGGUGGGGCGUUUUAGGCUCAUAAGUAGCAGACCUCUACAAUGGGGUGACCUUGACCGUGGUGCAGGAAAUGACAUACGACAUGACAAUGACAUAUAUUUUCAGGGGUUAGUGCUGUUGCCUCACAGCAGGAAGGUCCCUGGUUGGCUUCCUGCUUAGGGCCUUUCUGUGUUUGCAUGUUCUCCCUGUGCAUGCCUGGUUCUCUCCCCAGUCUUCCUCCCACCACCAAAAAUAUGCUCAUUAGGUUAAUUGGUGUUUCUAAAUUGCCUGUUGGUGUGAGUGUGAGCAUGCCCGGUUGUUUGCCCUGUAAUGGACUGGUGACCAGUCCAGGGUGUACCCCACCUCUUGCCCAAUGACAGCAGUGAUUGGCUCCAGCCUCUGUGACCCCUAACGAUAUAAGUGGUAUAGAAGAUGUAUGGAUGGAUUUACAGAGGGGGAUAAAUUUUACUUUAACACACCACAAACUAGG